UACUUUCGUUUCUCGUAAAUCAUCUUAUCAGCAUUUUCUGAAAACAAGGCGUUUUAUGAUUAAAGCAGUAUUUGUAUUUUCUGUGAAUGUGCUUUUGAUUGUAUCCUAACAUAAUGAACAGGAAACUAUAGGGACAUUUCGAGAAGCGGAAAACUUUCUGUGAUCGUAUUAAAUUACAUCAGGAUAAACUGGAAUGAGUUUAAAUUCUUUAUCUCAUUUUCUAGCCAAACUGUUACGGCAUGAGGCUCAAGCUCGAGGGCUCCAUGUAUCCCGAGACGGAUACGUCGACGUUGAAGAUGUCCUCCAGGAGGCCAAAGGAAGGGUUGGCACAUUCACGGCUAGUCACGUCAGAAGUCUUGUAGACAAUGACAACAAGGGAAGAUUUAAACUGAAGAAUGAAGGCGGGAAAAUGUAUAUCAAAGCCACGCAAGGGCAUUCCUUUACGUUUUCGGAUUCGGAGCUAAUCCCGAUUAGAAGAUCAUUGGAUGUCAGAGGUAUUCUGCAUGGAACAAAGCGCGGGUAUUGGCCUUCUAUACAAUUACAGGGAUUGUCAAGGAAGGGACGGGCUCAUAUCCAUUUUGCACAAGGGGAGACGGGCGUGAAAAGUGGGUUUCCUCCGCACUGUGAUAUGGCAAUAGAAAUCAACUUAGCGCUGGCUUUACAAGAUGGCAUAAAGUUUUACAAGUCGGAGAACGACGUAAUACUAAGCCCUGGGAACGAUCAGGGCUUGAUUCCUGCGAAGUAUUUCAAGUCCGCCUACGUCCUGAGCUCGCGUCAACCGCUGCUAUAAAUAAAACAGACAAGCCCAGUACCUUAUCAUUGCUGUGUAAUUGCUGUGGAAUCGAAUAUAAAAUAUAUUUUACAAGUGCUAUGAUAUAAGACGGUGUCCAUUUGUAACUCUCAGCCUUUGUUAUCUUUGGAACGGCAUAUGAUGAAACAAUAAAACUAUUUUGGUUACAGCUCAAAAACAGUUCCUGAUAGGCAAACUGUAUGCCGGAAUGUAUUUUUCUAGUUAAGUUUAUGCUUUUCCUUAAAAACAGUGAACAUGUCAAUUUGAUAUAUUUCACUGUUUUGAAAUCCGAGCCCACAUGCAAACGUCAACGCUCACACUAAGACACACUUUUAUCGACGUUAUGAUGUUACGAGCGUCUUUAUAAUAAAAUGCAAGUAUUUUUAUACAUUUUAGGCAUAUAAUGAAAAGAAAAGAAAACAACUGUUUGUUUCAGUGUAAGAACACACUAUAUUUUAACGUGUGCACGCCAAAAGUGAAAAAUUCAAUUAUGGCUACACCACUCGUGAAAUAUAACUUCUGAUACCUACUCGGUAAAAUAUGAUUAUUACAAUCUUACAUUGAUAUAAAAACUACUCACAUGUCUACCUUAGCAUAAUAAAUAGUGUCAUAUGCAAUUGGUGCAAAAUAACUGCUUUAUUGUUAGUUAUACUUUAGACUGUUCAAGUUCGAAAUGUUUACUUCUUGGUUUUGUUUUGCAAUAACAACUGUUUUAUUGUUAUCAUAUAUUAGUCUGUUAAAGUUAAAAAUGUUUACUUUAUAGUUUCGUUUUGCAAAACCUGUUUAUGUUCAAAAUGUUUACAUGUUUGUUUUGUUUUAGUUACCCUAGUGUUUUGUAUUCUUUGUAAAUGUUAUGUUUUCUGCUUUUUAUACUCAAUAUUUAAUUGUUUCGUAAAGCAAAUAUACUUCAUUAACGAAUAUAUAUACUUUGUUUA